AUGCCUACCCCUAGUCAUAUGCUGUUCGCCGACGACAUAUUCAUAUUCACCAAUGCAUCUAUAAGGUACGUCAGGAAUCUUAAAUCCUUCUUAAUUAUGUAUGAAGAAUGCUCAGGUCAACACAUCAGCUUGGAGAAGAGCAAGGUGUUUUUAGGGAACAUCUCUGCUGCUAAAAAGCUUGUAAUAGGAGAGAAGAUGGGAAUCCCAAUUUGUAGUUUGCCCACUAAGUAUUUGGGUGUGGAAAUUUUCAAAGGUAGAGUUAAGAAAGAAUUCCUCCUCCCUGUGUUGGACAAAGUUAAAGCGAGACUUGCGGACUGGAAGGGAAGGCUGCUCUCUAUGGCAGGUAGAGUGGAGCUCGCCAGAACUGUGGUGACGGGCAUACCCAUGCAUAGCUUCUCUGUAUAUUGGUGGUCAUCUGAGCUCAUCAAGAUCAUGGAGAAGUGGAUUCACAACUUCAUCUGA